AUGUUGAAGAGGGUUCAUCUCCAUUUGGUUAUUUUGUUGGUGUUUUUCUCAAUUCCAGUGAUUCCUUCCACCAAUAUUGUCAAGUCCCUCCCAGGAUUUUCUGGUCCCCUUCCCUUCAAACUUCGAACUGGAUAUAUUACAGUAGAUGAAAAAGAAGAUGUUCAUUUGUUUUAUUACUUUAUUGAAUCUGAAGGGAAUCCAAGAGAUAAUCCUCUUAUGCUAUGGUUGACUGGAGGCCCUGGUUGCUCUGCUCUCUGCGGACUUGCUUUUGAGAUAGGUCCUAUUAAGUUUAACAUAGUUGAGUACAAUGGAAGCUUACCAACAUUAGAACUGAAUCAAAACUCAUGGACAAAGGUUGCCAAUAUAAUAUUUCUAGAUGGACCUGUUGGCACUGGAUUCUCAUACUCAAAGAGCCUUGAAGGGUCCCAAACUGGUGAUUUUGUAUAUGCUAACAGAUGUCUUAUUUUUUUGAGAAAGUGGUUACUUGUUCACCCUGAGUUCAGCACAAAUUCGCUUUAUUUAGGCGGUGACUCGUAUUCUGGCAGGAUCAUCCCAAUCAUAGCUGAAGAAAUAGCUAAGAGUGUUGAAGCCAAAAACAUACCUAAAUUCAACUUCAAGGGUUAUUUGCUUGGAAACCCAUCCACGAAUUCAAAGAUUGAUGACAAUUCCAAGGUUAAAUUUGCUCACCGAAUGGGUCUUAUAUCAGAUGAACUCUACCAGUCACUAAAGAAGACCUGCAAAGGGCAAUACACAGAGAAGCACAAAAAUAAUACACUUUGCUCAAAGGAUCUUGAAGCUUUCUCAUUGGUGGGAAGAUUUUUUCUUCAUUUCAAAAAAUCCUAUAUUUGGAUGUUGGGUAACCUCUGUUGUUCUCUUUCAUUCCAUUUUUUUCAUUCAAAUAUCUUGUUAGUUGCAACUAAUGAACAAAGAUGGUUUCAGAGUUAUGAGAAUCUACUGGUGUAUUAUUGGGCAAAUGACAAGACUGUUCAAGAGGCACUCCAUAUUCAAAAAAGAACGAUAAAUACAUGGAUAAGAUGCAGUGGGUCGUUACCUUACACAAAACAAGUCGAUAGUGUUGUUAGCUAUCAUACGCAACUCAACUCAAGAGGCUAUAGAGCUCUCAUAUACAGUGGAGAUCAUGACAUGGUGGUCCCCUACGUUGGAACCCUGGCAUGGAUCAAAUCUAUGAAUAUGUCUAUUGUUGAUAGAUGGAGACCAUGGUUUGUUGAUGAUCAAGUUGCAGGAUACGUGACAGAUUAUUCUAAGGGUUUAUUUACGUUCACUACUAUUAAGGGAGGAGGUCAUACAGCUCCAGAGUUCAAACCCAAAGAAUGCUUUGCCAUGUUCAGGAGAUGGAUUUCUCAAGAACCCCUCUAAAUGGUCGAUCAAGAAGGACCAUGGCCUGGACUUGUGACUUCUAAUUGCUCUAGGGAGAGAGUGCUGAUCGCUUUGUUAAUUAUUGGAAUAGUAAUUAUGCUUAAUAGUCAUCGGUUACUUAAUGUUUGUCAAUUUAUUUUUUGAAAAAGAAUGAAAUAUAGAAGUCUUUCUGGAUUUUUUA